AUGUCUACACAGAACUCAUUAAUUCCUCCGUUGCGAUACUGCACCAUCCAGCCCAACUUGUACCGCGGAGCGUACCCGCGCGAGCUCAAUUACAAGUUCUUGGAGUCGUUACAGUUGAAGAUGAUCAUCUCGAUGACGCCCGACGCGAUUACCGAGGAGACUGACGCGAAAUUUUACCACUGGGCACGCAAAAACAACAUCAGGUUGGUUCAUAUCCCGUCCGCAAAAAGCGGUAAGGGUAAGAAGCGAGGGGUGCCCCUUGGCUAUACCAGCAUCGUGGGUGCCAUUGAGUUGAUUCUCGACUCGGAUAACAGUCCGAUAUACCUCCACUGUCUAAACGGCGGUCAAGUCACCAGUUUGGCCGUUGCAUGCCUCCGCAAGCUCAGUUUCUGGUCCACUGUAUCCAUCUUUAACGAGUUUAUCUCGUACGCGAGCGACAUCAGCGUGGCAGACAGAUCGUUUGUGGAGAGCUUUGUGGCAGAGAUUCACGUACCGAAACGCAAGGUUGCGUGGAUAUGGCUGGGUAUGAGCAGAGGUGUAGUGGGGAACCAUCCCACUCUCAGGUUCUACGAAAGUGAGGUGAAAUAG